AUUGAAAAAUUUCCAUCUUGUCGGAAAGAUAUUUCAUCGCUUAUUUCCGGGUUUAUUCCUGAGUAUAAUUUCCAUCAUAUCAACGAAUAUCAGUGAGACCUGAUUGGCAACUGGCAAUCUAAUGUUUUUGCGCAACUAACUGACGACUGAACGGGAACAUAUUUAGUAGAAAGUGAAAUGGACAUGAAAGCUCUCCGAAAAGAAAUCAAAACUUUGCUUUUGUUGAUAGUCAGCUUGACGGGGGUGUGGUCUGAUUGUCCCGCAGCUGAUAUUACGGGCCUAACUGAUGGCACCAUUCCUAACCUUCAAACAUCCGAUAACAAUCCAUGUGCCCUUACUCCUGGCACAGUAUGUUCAUUUGUUUGUACUACUGGUGAUUUCCAAGGUGGUUCUUCUUUAACUUGCGGCAGCGAUGACCAAUGGACAGGAGACUGCCCUCGUGCUUGUGAAGUAUUUACUUGUGCCGCGGCCGACCUUGACGCCAUUGGAGUUACGUAUGAUUGUGGUAUAGCUACGAGUCCUUACCCACUGGAAACCGUGUGCACCUUUUCGUGUGAUUCAUCGUACGAACUACAACGUUCUCAGAAAGCCACUUGCAUUUUCUCCAGUACAACAUAUGCCACAGAAUGGUGCUUUGACGGAUGGAACCAACCAGUUUGUGAAAGAAUUGGGUGUGCCGAUAUUGUUAUCGAACAUGGUACGUGUACAUACACUUCUCCCCGCGUUGGAGCAGAAGCCACCUGUACGUGUGAUGAAGGCUUUUUGCUGGAGGGUACCUCGCCGGUUACUUGCACAGCUAAUGGAUUAAUAUCAGUAAACUGGGAUCCAGACCCACCAAAAUGUGUUCCUUGCAAGAAAUAAAGAACAGAAAAUAAUGAUUUCAAAACUAUGAGGGGUGUAAUAUGUCCAUAUAAAGUAUCACUUGUUUUCUUAAAUGUUAUAACUGCUUUACAUGUAAAAUAUGUCAUGAAGAAAUU